AUGUCGAAAAUUACGGUUGCCAACGUCCGCACUCAGGUCUCUGAGCUGCUCGAGUACUCUCUCGAGACCAAGAAGCGCAACUUCCUCGAGUCUGUCGAGCUUCAGAUCGGCCUCAAGAACUAUGACCCCCAGCGUGACAAGCGUUUCUCCGGCACCGUCCGCCUCCCGGUCGUCCCCCGCCCCAACAUGAGCAUCUGCAUUCUCGGUGACCAGCACGAUAUCGAUCGUGCCAAGCACGGUGGUGUUGACGCCAUGUCCGCCGACGACUUGAAGAAGCUCAACAAGAACAAGAAGCUCAUCAAGAAGCUCGCUCGCAAGUACGACGCCUUCGUCGCUUCCGAGACCUUGAUCAAGCAGAUCCCCCGUCUCUUGGGUCCCGGUCUGUCCAAGGCCGGCAAGUUCCCCACCCCCGUCUCCCACGCCGACGAUCUCUCUGGCAAGAUCACCGAGGUCAAGUCCACCAUCAAGUUCCAGCUGAAGAAGGUUCUCUGCAUGGGUGUCGCCGUCGGCAACGUCGGCAUGACCCAGGAGCAGCUGAUUGCCAACAUCAUGUUGGCCAUCAACUACCUCGUCUCCCUGCUGAAGAAGGGCUGGCAGAACGUUGGAAGCUUGACCAUCAAGGCUUCCAUGUCUCCCCCCAAGCGCCUCUACUAA